UUGAAUAGGGGAAGGUUCGUUUUGUUGAGAUCAUUGCCAUAAUUAAAUUGAGCAGGAGUGGAAUAAAAUACAGAUUCUAUGACAUGUUCAUGGCAUUUUGCAGUAUCAACGAUAGAGAAGUCCCAUGCGCUGUGCUAUUCAACUGACAUUAAACAAAAAUAUCUCCGCUGCGAAAAUACCUCUCAGAUUAUAGUUUAACCUGCAGAAUUUUAAGCAAAAUGGCGACAGUGUAGCGGAUGGAGGACGAAAAACGUAAUGUCAAGUGUAAUGACAAACGUUCCAAUUGUUAUUGUUUUCUGCAUUGGGAAGGUGGGUUUUCAGAAGACCGUAGGGUGGAACCAAUGGUUUGUAAUAGACUGAACAUACUGGUGAGAUGGCUGAUAUAAAGCCAAAUGCACAAGAGAACAAAGAAGGAGAUGUGGUGGAACCAGUGUGUGACAGCUCCGGUGCCACUCAGGAGCCAUUACAGCGUCACACGUCUUCCCUGAAGAACAAUGCUGCAGGUCUGUCAGAGCAGCUGUCUUCUGAUGGACUCCCAAACCCUUUAAAUGGAGCACAGCCCAGUUCAUUUGUACCCAACAGUGUCCCUGCUGUUCCCCACACAGCCCAAGCAGCCCAUUCACUGCCUUCAGGAGCACUUGUUAAUGGACCUGGUUCACACCCCGCCUCAGAGGAGAGCUGUGGCCUGAACAAAAACAGCACAAUGUCCAACAAUGUCCUGGUGGAGGCCCAGGACGCCCAACUACGACAAUUUGGGAGGGACACAAGCCCUCAGGUGUUACCACCACCCAGUGAGCUUCAAUCAGACGCCCUGAAGAACCCAGCAGGGCUCGUUCUGAAAACACUAGCCACCACGCAGCCAGGGGCCAACAACACGUCACCAUCAGACUCUGAGGCUAGUGAGGCUGAACUGCCCUACCAGGCCCCUGACACCACCUUGUCAGGCCACAGUCCACAGUCACACCAAACGCCAAUUAACCAAAUAUGGACGGCCGAGGGAGUCAAGGCUAGAGCUAGAUCUAUAUGGGACUUAAACACCACAGAGUCCUCUGAGAGCUCGUCGGACGGUUCUGACGGGACUGAUGCACUACACUGGGAUUCACAGAAAGAGCUCAUACUGGCGUUGUGGAAGAAUCGCACAGUUGACAGCAGCUUAGAGACAAACGCUGCAGGAGUGGGAGGGAUGUCUCAGCUUACCAACCAAAGACAGAGGAAGCGUAAAAUACACCUGGUGGGUACGGCAGGCUCUCCUGAAAAAGUUUACAACUGCAGCACAAAUCACACUUACAAAAAGUGGCAUAUUGAAGAGGAGGAGGAUGAUGAGGAUUUUGACAUCUCCAACAUAAAUGAAGAUGAUUCCUCCUGUAAAAAGGCUGAUGUACAAUCUUCUGUGAAUUCAUGUCAAGAGCAUCCCAGUGACAGCCCUGUAAUCAUUAAGAAACUGAUUGUAAGAGCAGAUUGCCAAGAGGACAAUCACUCCGUCUCCCUCUUUAGUGGAAAGCCCAAACAGCUUAAGACCGAGCAAUCCGAACAAGAACCAUCAUUCUUCCCAUGCACAAUGUGCAAUGUUAAUUUCAAGGAGAAAAGGCAUUUGCAUAGACAUGUGAUGUAUCAUUUAGAUGGGCAAAAUCAUCAGGUACGCCACCACGAGAAAGUUCCCCGGCCUUUUAUAUGCAGGGAAUGUGGGCGUUCGUUCCGCGAUCGCAGCUCCCUCCUCAAGCACAUGAUUAUCCACCAGGAGAGACGGGAGAAACUCAUGGAGGAGAUCCAGGGACUCAACAAACUCCGAGACGAAGGCAGGAACGCCAAGCUCCAGUGCCCGCAGUGUGUGUUCGGGACCAAUUGCCCCAAGACGUUCGUCCAGCACGCCAAGACACACAACAAGGAUAAACGUUAUUACCUCUGCGCGGAGUGCAACCACGUGGCAUUGACGGAACGGGAGCUUGAAGCACACCUGUACGCGAUGCACUGUGACACACUGAAGUCCAAGUACAAGAACGUGAUCAAAGAUGAGGAGCCAGAGUUUCUUACAGAUAACAAUGAUGAAUCCAGUCAUGUUCUGUUUCACUGUAAAGUGUGCCCUUUCAGCACCCAGAAUGAAGAUGGCCUUAAAAGGCAUUGUGAGCUGAUACACCAACAGUCUGAUUCUGAUGAUGAAUAUGAAAAUCCGCCAUUUAAAAAAGCACUUAACCAUCCAGAUCAAUAUAGCCUAGCUGACCCGUCCAAAAAAGCAGCAGAUUUGAAACUACUGCAGCUUAAGCCAAAGUUCUGUAUUAAAAAGCCUGCUUUCUGGAAAAGAGCGGAUUUUCGCUUUUGGUCCGGUAGUGUAGCUGACUUUUACAUGAGAGACACAGCAGACACACAGAAGUCUUACAAAGGUCUUACCUCCUCUCAGUUCAAGUGCAGCAUUGUCAGCUCAGCAAACAAGCUGUCGCCAUCCCUGUGGAGGAGUGACAAGCCAAGCAAAUUAUCUCCUAAACCAACAGAGAAAAUAGACGUGACAACAGGUCUCCCUUAUGUUGAGGAAGACAAUCAACUAUACGACCAUGUGGUUUCAGGAAUCUCCGAAAGGACAAAAUAUCCCUCAAAUGUUGAUGUGUUGCUUACAUCCAAGAUGGUUAAACCAGGCCAGAUGCUGUAUCAUAGCUACAACUCUGACAAGAGUCAGGGAGGUAGCAACGACUUGACCGGCAGGAAGUCAGAGGCACAAGCUGUUACCCAAAAGACUCCAUCCAAAAGAAAAAUGUCCACUCCCUUCCACAACAGUGUGGACAAGGUGGUUGAUAAUGUUUUGCCAAAACUGAACCCAAAGUUAAAAGAGACUACCACUCCUGAGGACACAGAGGGAGACGAUGAUUACGAGGACACGUAUGACUUUAGUGCUUACACCAGUGAGGCUACAGCCAACUUCCUGGAUAGUAGUGAGAACGAGAGGAACCCCUACGCCCGUAGCUACUUCAUACGCAGACAGAGGGGUUCUUCUAUCAAAGAGAAUCCUGCACCUGCUGCUGACAUCGGCCGUUUUGAAAAGAACGCCGUUCAGGUUGACCACCAUUUUAAUAAGACUGAAGAUAAGGAUGGGGAGUAUGACAGCGAUGACAUACAGAAGCUUAUCAUCAAAGAGGAGUGUAUAGAAAGCUCAGUGUGUGACGAUUCUCCAGAGUCACCCACCACCACCAGCACACACAACCAGAGUCUCUCCUAUGACUAUGACUUCUCCCCUUCUUUUGGAACAGAAAGGAAGUCCUGCCCCUACUGUCCUGCUGUGUUUGAGUCUGGGGUGGGCUUAUCCAAUCACGUGCGAGGGCACCUGUACAGGUUGGGGCUGAGUUAUGACGCUCGCCAUGUGGUGUCACCUGAGCGGGUAGCCUCACAGGACCGACAGCCACGCAUACGCAGAAAGGUCCCAUCUGUGGUGCGGAGGAUUAAAAAAGCUGAGAAGCCGGAGUCUCAGGCGGAGCACACCUGUCCCCUGUGCUGGGGCUGGUUCGACACCAAGACAGGCCUCUCCAACCACGUGAGGGGCCACCUGAAGCGAAUAGGGAAGACCAGCACCAGCACCAGUAAGAGUCCAGUGUGUAUUCUCAAUGAGCUGCUAAAGGACGAGCAGGAACACCAGAACAUCCUCCAGAUUCUCAACAGGAAGCAGUUCAUCUCUCGACCAAUCAUCUCCCAGAAGUUCAUUGGCAGCGACGGGCUUUUCCUAACACCGAUGGGGAUCCCAGUGAAGAUCCAACAUGGCUGCCAGCUGGGCCAGAAUGGCACUCCCACUCCAUGGGAUCCCAGUGCAAAUACACCCAGGCAGGAGGGAGUUGAGAGAAAGGAUUUCUUUCCUGAGAGGAAGAGUAUAGAGAUACGAGGUGUCAUUGAACCUUCCCGGAGCACUUUAGGCGAGCUUUUGAGGAAGAGGAAGUUAGACAAGGAUGAUGCAGAUAAGAACCACUUUACUGUGACCAAAGAGAGGGUUGAGGGGAGACAGAACCAACAGGCCAGCAACCUGGAAACACACUGGGCCCAUGAGAGAAAUGCAUCUAAUAAGAAGAUUUGCAUUCACUGUAACACAACAUUUCCCAGUGCUGUUAGCCUGUCCAAUCAUCUUCGCGCUUACGCACGCAGGAAGAGGGUUGCCUUGUUAGAAGGAACAACCUAUUCCUGUAUACUGAAGAAGCCUAGGUUGAGGGCUGGACCAAAGAACACCCUGUUCUCAGCUCUCCCAUGUGCUGUUGAGGAGAUGUAUAGACUCACCUGCAGAUUCUGUGACCUCGUCUUCCAGGGUCCUCUGUCUAUCCAGGAGGAUUGGCUCAGGCACUUACAGAGGCACCUCAUGCAUACCAGUGUCCCUCGCACAGGAGCUGGCAUGGUGGAGGUCCUGCGACUACACAAAGAGACGCCCUCCUUGCCCCCCCAGCAGCACCCCUAUCGGGAGCACCCAACAUCCAAUGAGCCUCCAACGGCUCAUGAGCCCCAGACACACCAUGAGCACUCCUGCUUGGAACACCCCUCUCCUCAUGAUCACCCCUUGCCCCAGCAGGAGCCCCCAUUGCCCAAUGAGCACCCCGAAACCCACGAGCACCCUGAGCUCCAUGAUGAGCAUCCCUUGCACCAUGCACACCCCUCGUCCAAUGAGCACCCAAGCCUGGAGCAGCACACGGACACGUCCUUUCCAGAGCUUCUUCCAGUGGCGUCCUGAACUAGAGGGUUGUUUACACAUUUUCACUUUAUAUCUUUAUCCUCUACAUGUAAAUAUGGAUAGAUACAUAGAAAUAUAGAUAGAUAGAACAAUUCUAAAGCUAUAUGUUUUUCUUAAUACGCACAAUACCAGCCCGUCCCUCUAUUUUAUAAGACCUGUCUCUAUACUGUAUAUGAUGGAUCUUGUUACUUAUAUGUACAGAAACAAAGACUUGUGCUUGAGAUGCAAAAAUGCCAACAAUCGCUGAAGCUAGAAUAGUAGUCAGUUCAGAACCUUGUAUCUCAACUUUUCUAACCGAACGUUUGCAGUCUGUAACCGCUUCUACUCUACUAUGUUUAGGUGAAGUUUUACCUACAGGUAAUCUUGCCAUCUUGCAACAGGUACACAUGUUAAAUGUGACUUCUUGCUUCCUUCUUUGCACUGUUUAGCAGUCAGUCAGAACGUUGAACCCAUUACCAAAUGAGACAACUGACACCUCAGCAUUGUGUAAAUGAUAAAUGCUUUGUCCGUUACUUUUAACUGUAGCCUAUAGAAGCCAUAAUCAGAAUACAGGGUCAAUCAUAAAUAGUACCAGUCAAAAGUUUGGAGACACCUACUCAUUCCAGGGUUAUUCUUUUCUUUUGACUAUUUUCUACAUUGUAGAAUAAUAGUAAAGACAUCAAACUAUGAAAUAACACAAUAGCCACCCUUUGCCUUGAUCACAGCUUUGCACACUCUUGGCAUUCUCUAAACCAGCUUCAUGAGGUAGUCACCUGGAAUGCAUUUCAAUUAACAGGUGUGCCUUGUUAAAAGUAAAUUUGUGGAAUUUCUUUCCUUAAUGUGUUUAAGCCAAUCAGUUGUGCUGUGACAAGGUAUGGUUGGUAUACAGAAGAUAGCCUAUUUGGUAAAAUACCAAGUCCAUUUUAUGGCAAGAACAACUCAAAUAAGUAAAGAGAAACGCCAGUCCAUCAAUACUUUAAGACAUGAUGGUCAGUCAAUUUGGAAAAUGUCAAGAACUUUGAAAGUUUCUUCAACUGCAGUCGCAAAAACCAUCAAGCGCUAUGAUGAAACUGUCUCUCACGAGGACCACUACACGAAAGGAAGACCUAGAGUUACCUCUGCUUUAGAGGAUAAGUUCAUUAGAGUUACCAGCCUCAGAAAUUGCAGCCCAAAUAAAUGUUUCACAGAGUUCAAGUAACAGACACAUCUCAAAAUCAACUGUUCAGAGACUCAGGCCUUCAUGGUCAAUUGCUGCAAAUAAACCACUACUAAAGGACACCAAUAAUAAGAAGAGACUUGGUUUGGCCAAGAAACAAGAGCAAUGGACAUUAGACCAGUGGAAAUCUGUCCUUUGGACUGAUGAGUCCAAAUUUGAGAUUUUUGGUUCCACCCGUCAUGUCUUUGUGAGACGCAGAGUAGGUGAACUGAUGAUCUCCGCGUGGUUGUGUAAGGGCUAUUUGACCAAGAAGGAGAGUGACGGAGUGCUGCAUCAGAUGACCUUAUCCUCCCCUUAAUUGAGAUGGUUUGGGAUGAGUUGGACCCCAGAGUGAAGGAAAAGCAGCCAACAAGUGCUCAGCAUAUGUGGGAACUCCUUCAAGACUGUUGGAAAAGCAUUCCAGGUGAAGCUGAUUGAGAUAAUAGCCAAGAGUGUGCAAAGCUGUCAUCAAGGUAAAGGGUGGCGACUUUGAAGAAUCUAAAAUAUAUUUUGAUUUGUUUAACACUUUUUUGGUUAUUACAUGAUUCCAUGUGUGUUAUUUCAUUGUUUUGAUGUCUUCAGUAUUAUUCUACAAUGUAGAAAAUAGUGAAAAUAAAGAAAAACCCUAGAAUGAGUUUUCUGUGUCCAAACUUUUGACUGGUACUUUAUAUCACAAAUUAUAUGUAUUGCUAGAACUGUCCAUACUGUAUGAAUGGACACAAUAUCUGCUUUCUCCCUAACUGUCAUGUUAAUUAUUUCCUAUUUGUCUUGUUCUGAUGUAAUUGGAAUUGCGAUAUGUUCUCAUUUUAUGUUAAUCAAGAAAAGAAAACAUGUUUUCUUGUGAUUUAUCUAUAAGACCAAUACUAUAAUGUAUUUCCUGAAAUAUUCAACAAGUUUAAACUUUGUGUCACUGGAUUCUUGUAGUGUAAGCUGAGGAGCUCAUCAAUAUCAUGCAAUAUACACAUUUACCUCAAAAGUGGUUUUAUGGAGAAGGAGGUGCUUCAAUCCACUGCUUGUUAGUUGGUUUGACUAUCAACCUUUGCCAAUUUGCUAACCUUGCCAAAUAAACAUGCAGAAGCAGUGGAUUGAGGCUAGUUUUCUUUCAAUAACAUUUAGAGGUAAGACAAAAGAUGAAGAAAGGCUGAGAUAGUGGUGAAUUAUUGGUUUAAGGCGUUUAUUAGUCCUAGUUAAUGAAGCACAUUGUUCUGUACUGCUCUUUGAUGAUUCACCACCGCCAAGCACUAUUUCUAAUAUUAUUAUGGAUAACUUACCUAUCCCUUCUGAAAUGGAUUUCACAGUCCAAUAAAAAGACUAGGAGCUUUUUAAUCCAAGUCAAGUUACAACUUAAAUCACAUUUCCAUGGUGCUGAAACUUCCAGUUAGAUAUUGUAUUAUGCUAAGUAAAAUACACAAGUUUAAUGUUUUAUUCAUCUAGACAACACUAGGGAAUGUCUGAGAGAUGUGAAUGUACUGUAAUAAUGUCUAGUUGGUUUAACAUCAUACUUCAUUUUGGAUGAUUAAAGAAAGCAGGCUCUAUAUACCAUGUAUUCGUUCAGCUUUCUGUGGUAAAUAUAUCAAGAACUUUCUGAAAUAAAAUACUGAAAUGAAAUGGC